AUCAACAAGCUUGGCCUACUCUCUCUCUCGCUACAUGGGCUGAGCUGAGCUGAGGUGAGCUGAGCUGAGAGAAACACAGAGCAUGGAAGCUCUCACCACCAAUCCAUCACUGAAGCUCACUCACAAACCCCUGGACCCCAAGUCUCCUGCCCCCAUCGAAUUCAUCGAUCCCAGGAAAAGAGCAUGGCAUUCCCCAAAUAAAUUCCCCACCAGACUCACCUUAUCCUUCGCCAUCAAGCGCAGAGAGGAAAGCCUGGAACAAACGGUCACCAGCCCUCUAACUGAUUCCCCAUUGGAAGGAGGAGGAGGAGGAGAGGAGGCGUACGGCGAGGUAAAGGGCGUAAUCGGCAGCCGCCCUCGUCCAGGCGGCACGGGCAUGGAGUAUCUCCUCGAGUGGGCUGACGGCCAUGCUCCAUCUUGGGUAGCCUCUGAGAACAUCGCAAAAGACGUGAUAGCAGAGUUCGAAUCCCCCUGGUGGGUUGCCGCAAAGAAGGGGGAUGAUGUGGCCCUCCGCCAACUACUGGAAUCCUCCCCGGCGAGGGAUCCCGAUGCAAUUGACGAGGAUGGUCGCACUGCCCUCAUGUUCGCUGCCGGACUUGGGGCAGAUGCUUGUGUGCGCACACUUGCAGAGGCAGGUGCGUGGCUCGACCGCCCCGACAACACACAGGGACUCACUGCACUGCACAUGGCCGCAGGCUAUGCAAGGGAGUCAACAGUGAGGGUGUUGAUAGAAUUGGGAGCAGACGCAGAGGCAGAGGACACUAAGGGGCGGACGACAUUGGGUCUUGCUCUGGAGGUUCUGGGGGCAACAUCAAAGGCGAAUCCAGUGGAGUUUGCUCGGAGGCUGGCGCUACAGGGGGUGGUGCGGGUGUUGGAGGAGGCCGUGUACGAGGAUGCCGAGGUGGAGGCAAUUUUGGAGAAGAGGGAGAGGGGGGUGGGGAAGGGAGUGGAGUAUCUGGUGAAGUGGAGGGACGGGAGGCCGAGUGAGUGGGUGGGGGAGGCGUUUGUGGCGGAGGAUUUGGCGAAAGAUUUCGAGGAGGGGCUGGAGUAUGCGGUGGCAGAAGCGGUGGUGGGGAGGAGAAAAGCAGAGGAAAAAGAGGGAUGGGAGUAUUUGGUGAAGUGGGCGGACAUUGAUGUUCCGACAUGGGAGCCUCAAGAGAAUGUCGACCCUGAGCUCGUCGCCGAAUUCGAGAGGCACGACCCUCACCUUUCUUCCUGAUAUCGUCUCACCUUUCCUUGUAUUUCUCAAUUAUUUCCAGUGCAUGAAUCAAAUCCCGCCAGAUGGUGUUCUCACUUUACUUCCCUCCCAUGAGGCAUCUCCGCUAUAUUCCUCUUCCUUUUUUUUUUUUUCUUCUUAAUUUAUCUUUUUUAAUUUCAUUUCUGAUAUCAAGAGUUCUAUUU